AUGGGAGAGUCAACUCAACACAUUAUUAUUAAACUAACAAGACCGCAGCUUCUGCUACUAUUAUUAUUAUCAUGUAUUUUAAUUAUUUCAAAUUCACAAGCAUUAGAACAUCCAAAAAGGCUAAUAUUAAACAACAACGACAAUGAAACACCUAAAAUCAUUUCAAAACAUUCUGAUGAUAAUUCUGAAAAUUCUUCUGAUGAUUCUGAAAUAUUAAAGAAAAACAAAUCCACAAUAAUACUUCCAAGGCCGCCUUUUGAAGAGAUAGAAUUUUCCCUUAAAAAUGUUUCUAACGACUUGAAUACUAAAGACAAUUUAAAUUCAACUGGCUCUGUAAUAAAUUCUGAAGACGAAAAAGAAGUGGCGACAAAUGGAAUAAUAAGUUGCGAUUUAGGAGAUGAUACUAUACUAGAGGCAAAGGAAAGUAUUGCUGUAUGCAGUGCAAAUUCUGAGAAUUGGCAUAUUUAUUGUGCUGGAAAGCUACUUGAGGCCGUAAACUAUCAUCAAUUAUUGGAAGAAAAUGAUUCAAAAGAAUUUGUAGAUCGUCCAUUAAAGAAAAAUGCAAGUAUUGUAAUAGAAGAAUUUGAUAAAUUAUUUGGCGAAAAUGUCUCAGUUCACGAUAUUCCAAAACAAAAUUUGAGCAAAUUUUUGGAAGAAAAUUUUGACCAUGCAGGAGGAGAAUUGAAAGAAUGUACACCCGAAGAUUGGACACCAGUUCCAGCUGAGUUGGAAAGAAUUAAAGAUGACACUUUAAGAAGUUGGGCAAUGGAAUUAAAUACGAUAUGGAAAGAUUUGUGUAGAGUUAUACCUGAAGAAAUUAAAGAUACGAGAGACAGACAUUCAUUAAUUUAUGUCAAAAAUCCAUUUAUAAUUCCUGGUGGACGAUUUAGAGAAUUUUACUAUUGGGAUGCUUAUUGGAUUAUUAAAGGAUUAAUUGUGUCAGGAAUGACAACAUCUGUGAGACUGAUGAUCGAAAAUUUUUUGGAUAUUGUGGAUAAAUUUGGUUUUGUUCCGAAUGGAGGAAGGAUUUAUUACGCAAAGCGAUCACAACCCCCGUUCCUUACAAUGAUGGUAUAUGAAUAUUUUGAGGCAACCCAUGACUAUGAUUUUAUUAAGAAAGCAUUGCCUAUUCUAGAGAAGUUUUGGACAAAUGAACGAGGUAUCGAAGUCCCUAUAGGUGACAAGACUUAUAGAAUGUUCCAAUACAGAGUUGGAUGUAACGUUCCAAGACCAGAAUCAUUUUGUGAAGACGUCAGACUUGUAAAACAAAAAACCAAAGUUGAAGAUAAACGUCAAAUAUGGAGAGAUUUAUCUAGUGCCGCAGAAUCGGGCUGGGAUUUUAGCAGCAGAUGGAUGAAAAAUCCAGAAAAACCAAAACUAGUAGAUAUUGAAACAACAAAUAUAGUUCCUGUAGAUUUAAAUGCUUACAUUUGUGGGAAUUAUGAAAUACUUUCACAUUUGUACUUACAAUUAGAAAAUAAUUCCAAAGCUUUUGAAUACCACACAAAACAUUACGAAUUCCGUGAAAACUUUCAAAAAGUAUUUUUUGUACAACAUGACCGAGAAACAGCAGGCUGGUACGACUACAAUCUCCGAAAGAAGGAUCACAAUAAAAACUUUUAUGCUACAAUAGCUAUCCCCUUGUUUACACGUUGCUAUCAUUCCAUUGAUUUGCAGCAAUCGGAACGCAUAUUUCGUACAAUGGAAACGGCUGGUGUUUUUAAAGAGCCGGGUGGCAUCCCAACAAGCAUGAUAAAUAGCCACCAACAAUGGGAUUAUCCAAAUGGUUGGCCUCCUCUCAAUCACAUGAUUAUUGAAGGUUUAAGGCGUUCAGACAAUAAAUUAAUGCAGAAAAAAGCAUUUUGGUUAGCAACAAAAUGGGUAUUAAGCAACUAUCGAGUUUAUCGCAAUGAUAGUCCAAAAGGAAAGAUGUGGGAAAAGUAUGAAGUAAACAAGUUUAAACCAAACAAAGGAGUUGGUGGAGAAUAUCAAGUUCAGGCCGGAUUUGGAUGGACAAACGGAGUAAUCCUCGAUCUAUUAACAACAUUUGGUGACAGAAUAGAAUUUAAAAAUGAUUUAGAAAUGAAUCCAAAUGCUGUAGCAAAAGAAGUAAUUAGUAAUGAACCUCCAAAUCUUCCUGAUGUUGGUGGAGGAAAUUUACAACAAAACAAUACUUUACAACAGAACCAAACAAUAGAUACAAGAGAAUCAAGUUUAUUACACCAAGGUUCUUCUUCUAAUGGUUCGAGAAUGACGUUAUCUUUAACUUUUCUUUGUUUAUGUACUUUAAUAUCAAUACUGGUCAAGUUUUAUACUCUUUAAUUUAUUAGUAGAACUUUUAGAUAAGGAAGGUCACAAAAAGUUUAGUGAGUGAAAUAGACCCCCCUCCCCCCAGAAUACAAUUAAUCUCACAAGAAUACAACACCCUUACGUCUCCCAAGAAUACACCCCCCUUCCAUCUCUCUAAAAUUUAGGAACCUCACAAAAUGACAAAACACAAAAAAUACACAAGCACAAAACUUCGAAGGACCAUCCUUAUUUUUAAACACUAUCA